GGGUACGAAAGGUGAAGGAAGCCUGCACGCCCGCCCGGGAGGAGACCCUUGGAAGCUUGGCGGGGGAGAAAGAGCGGAGAGUGGGUUCUGCGGAGGGAAGGAGGCCCGAGUUUCACCCGAGGGGCGCAUUAGAGGCCUCGGCCUUUCAGUCCAGGGGAAAAGAGGCAGGUGCUGUUCCGAAGGCGUGGUGACAGUAUGGGUGGUGUGAGCAGGGGACGAGGAAGAAGAGCUCCAGGGGAAAGUGAACAGGCCCCUGCCUUCCCGGAGAUGAGGGGGCGGUAGGAAGACGCCUCAGCCUCCUCAAGUAGGAAGGGGAAGGGUCCAAACCUGUGAGGGAAUGAGAGACUGAGGAUCUUCUGAAGUAUAUAGGUAGAGAACGGAACAGUCUGGUAUGUCAGGGGGUGGGAAAACCCGUGUUUUGGAGGACCGGAGAGAAGAUAAUUGAGGGGAAGAAAUGACAUUUCUACUUUGAGAAAUGACAGGGGAAUUGGCCAGCUGUCUCCUAAUUGAGGGGCAGGAACGGUGAGAGCAGAAUCUUACCUGAGAGUCCUGGAGAGUGAUCCACCAGACCAGACUAAGGCGUGUCAAGCCUUGACCUAGUAGGGAUGGGGGGCGGGGGCGGUGCAGGGCUUGACCGUCCAAGGAACAGGAGGAGGUCUGAAUUCUCUUAAGAUGAGAGAAAUCUGAAAAGUACUUCCUAACAGACACAGAAAGGGCCUUGUUUGGUGUCUAUUUAGGAGAACCAAGAACUGGGUUUCCUCAACCUAGGGAUUGGGGAAAGGGAGGAUCAGAUCGUUCUAGACUCUCAGAGGGAUUCUUCUCCCUUGCCUCUGGCAAUGCUACCAAAGUGCUUUUGGAGGACCUUUUCAUUAAAUGUUUGGACUGUCUUCCCUAAUUCGUAAGCCUUUUAUCAAUUAUGGAUAUUUAAUAUAUACUUAGUAUAUACUGACUUGAUGACUUUUUUCAUUAGUCAUGAGUCAACCAUUCGUAUUUACCUCAACAAACAUAUAUUAAGUAGCUAAUUUGUACUCAACUUCAUUGGGUUAGCUUGGGCCCUAAAUUGCUCUUGUCCUAGGCAGAAGUCCCCUAGAGUCUAGUGUGAUGACGCUUCAAAGAACCCUUUAUCCCAUUGCUUCCCCAAACACCUAUAUAGUAGUCUUCAAAAUGUGACCUGUCCCAAACUUCAUUUGCUUUGGCUCUGUCCCUCACAGUGGUCCUGUGUAGCCUUCUUGUCGGCUUUAUUACAUUUGAUAGCACCCUGGAUCACCUACUGAAUGCAUGAGAAGGAAUAAAGAAGGAAAAAAUCAAGGAGUUUUGGCCUCAACCCAGCUAUCUGACUUCAUGUGAAAGAUGGCUAAUGCAGAAGUAAGUGUUCCAGUGGGGGAUGUGGUUGUGGUUCCCACUGAAGGAAAUGAAGGGGAGAACCCUGAAGACACUAAAACCCAAGUGAUCUUGCAGUUACAGCCUGUGCAGCAAGGUUUGUUUAUCGAUGGACACUUUUACAACAGGAUUUAUGAACCUGGGUCCGAGAACAACACGGCAGUCGUGGCAGUAGAAACUCACACGAUUCACAAAAUUGAAGAAGGGAUUGAUGCAAGCACUAUAGAAGCAAAUGAGGAUAUGGAAAUUGCUUACCCCAUAACUUGUGGGGAGAGCAAAGCCAUUCUCCUCUGGAAGAAGUUUGUAUGUCCAGGAAUAAAUGUGAAAUGUGUCAAGUUCAAUGAUCAGUUGAUCAGCCCCAAGCAUUUUGUUCAUCUGGCUGGCAAGUCUACCCUAAAGGACUGGAAGAGAGCCAUUCGUCUGGGUGGAAUCAUGCUCAGGAAAAUGAUGGACUCCGGACAGAUUGAUUUUUACCAACAUGACAAGGUUUGCUCCAAUACCUGCAGAAGCACCAAAUUUGAUCUUCUUAUCAGCAGUGCAAGAGCUCCGGUGCCAGGACAGCAGACAAGUGUGGUGCAGACACCCACUUCGGCCGAUGGUAGCAUCACACAGAUUGCCAUCUCGGAAGAGAGCAUGGAAGAGGCAGGCCUGGAAUGGAACUCAGCUCUCACUGCUGCUGUCACCAUGGCUACAGAGGAGGGUGUGAAGAAAGACUCAGAGGAAAUUUCAGAGGACACUUUGAUGUUCUGGAAAGGAAUAGCUGAUGUAGGACUGAUGGAAGAGGUUGUCUGCAAUAUACAGAAGGAAAUAGAGGAGCUACUCAGGGGAGUUCAGCAGCGGCUCAUUCAGGCUCCCUUCCAGGUAACAGAUGCUGCUGUUCUCAACAAUGUAGCACAUACAUUUGGCCUGAUGGACACAGUAAAGAAGGUUUUGGACAACAGGAGGAACCAAGUAGAGCAGGGAGAAGAGCAGUUUCUCUACACUCUGACAGAGUUGGAACGCCAGUUGGAAGAGCAGAAGAAGCAAGCUCAGGAUCACAGGCUGAAAUCCCAGACCGUUCAAAAUGUGGUACUGAUGCCUGUGAGCACUCCUAAGCCUCCAAAAAGGCCCCGGCUCCAGCGGCCAGCUUCUACCACAGUCCUGAGCCCUUCUCCUCCGGUCCAGCAGCCUCAGUUCACAGUCAUCUCACCCAUCACCAUCACCCCAGUGGGCCAGUCAUUUUCCAUGGGCAAUAUUCCAGUGGCCACCCUCAGCCAGGGCUCCAGUCCUGUGACUGUUCACACACUGCCUUCUGGCCCUCAGCUCUUCCGCUAUGCCACAGUGGUCUCCUCUGCCAAGAGCAGCUCACCAGACACAGUGACCAUCCAUCCUUCAUCUAGCUUAGCACUGCUAAGCUCCACUGCCAUGCAGGAUGGGAGUACCCUGGGCAACAUGACCACCAUGGUGAGCCCCGUGGAGCUGGUGGCCAUGGAGUCCGGCUUGACCUCGGCAAUCCAGGCUGUUGAAAGCACCUCGGAAGAUGGGCAGACCAUCAUUGAGAUUGACCCAGCCCCAGACCCAGAGGCUGAGGAUACUGAGGGCAAAGCAGUUAUUUUGGAGACAGAGCUGAGGACUGAGGAGAAAGUUGUGGCUGAGAUGGAAGACCACCAGCAUCAAGUCCACAAUGUGGAGAUUGUGGUCUUAGAGGAUUAACUGGGGAUCUCAGGGCCAGGAGAUAUGCUUUGGUUUGGAAUUUUAAUUAUUUGUUUAUUUUUAUCAUUGUCCCACUCAUUUCCACAUAGGAUCCUUUUUUUAAAACAAAAUCUCAUUGUUCUAACUGAAAAUGUUGGGUCCCUCCCUCCCCCUCAUUGAAAAACGGACAAAAACAAGCUGUCCGUCCGGAAGUUGAGAGUAGGUCACUCAAUGUCUAAAUCCUUUUACGCAAAGAAAGUUAGUUCUUUUAGGGGAGGCAUCAAGACAACCAGAAACCCUGUCCGGAAAGCCCUUUCCAGGCUAGUCUGUCUGUGUACACGUGCGGUUUUAUUUUUGUAAAGAUGCAUUGGCCAAACUCUGGGACGCAGAUCUGACACUGGAAGGCAACCCACCUGCACAUGGAUGCAGAGGAUACUUUAUUUUGUAUCCUGGAAAGGGCCCUCAGAGGCUAGUGCAAAACUCUGAAACAAAAGCAAGUUGAACUGUGCUGGGAGGGGAAGGUGGCAUACCAGCAGCAGCUUGAAAAGGGAAGUGCUUUGGUCAGGAUGGGGCAAGGAAAUUAUCUUACUUCCAGAAGUGCAACUGAUGCUUUUUGAUAUCUCUAAGGGGUUACUACCAUGGGUGCCAUUUUGAGGAGAGGCCAGUAAUAAGUGGAAGGGUAUAUCUCCGUGGAGCAAGUGGCAUCAGGGGCCUGGGGCCUGUGACUUUGCAGAAAUAGAAAUCUGGGUUUCAAGCUCAUUUUCCCCUCCUUCCCCAAUUUUGUCAAAGCACUUAACCCCCCUAAACUAGGAUCAAUCCAUUCAUUUGCAAACUAUGUGAUGUGGUGUAAAUUUCUCUGGUUCCUGGACUGUGGCUGUCAUGGAGGUGGGGCUCCAAGGCCAUAGUUUUUAUUGCAUGACUCCGGGUGCAGGGUAGUUCCUCAUCCAGACCAGCUGCCCUUUUUGGUGGGGCCCUUUUUUGGCUUUGGAACCAAAAGCAGCCACUCAUUUGGUGCUUCCUCUUGUUCUCCCUUCCAUCCCUCAACUGUUAAUGGCAUCUGUCUCCUGGAUCCCACGCUCUUCAGCUUUUUGGCUGAUUUGGAGAACAGUGACAGGUGUCUGCCUGCCUUCAUCCUCCUUUAGAUUCAUUUAUACCACAGAUGUUUCUGUGAGAUAUUGAGCUCUUAAAAAAAAAAAAAACAAAAAACAAACAAAAAAAAACACCUUAGGCUUGGCAGAGAAGACUCAACAGCCCCAGCCUAUCCUGAGGCAACAAGUAGAUGUCUCCUCCUGAGCGAGCUGGACUCCCUGGGAAAGAAGCAUUGUCUGCAACAUUAUAUUAUAGGAAAUGUACCAGGAAUGUCAAUAAUAAUAUCUUUGGGGGGUGUUGUUAUUAUUAUUAUUUUUUUAUGUUGUUUGUAUGUUUAGAGCUGGGCCAUUUUCUGUGCUGUGAUUCCUGCUCUUUGACCAUUUUCAGUGUUUGGGGCAAGAGUGGACCCUGGUUUUUUAUUUCUUUGAUUGCAUUGUUUACUGCACUAGAUAAAAUAUAGGGAAACUGCAGACAAUUUAAAGGAAAAAGAGGUCAAAAAGAAAGCACACACCUUAGGAGUGGGAGGUUUUUUUGUUUUUGUUUUUGUUUUUUUAAUUAAAAGCAAAACUUUGGCUUAUAGUUUCCUUUUUUUUUUUUUUUUUUUUAAGAGGGCACCCACUUGAAGCCAUGUUUCUUCCAACAGAUGUUGGAAACCUUGUUGUCAAGCAAGUGAAGACUGCAUUCUGCCGUCUUUCAGAUGGCUUUAAUAGCUAAAGAAGCUCUCUAACUUGGGAGGGCAAUCUUAAAAGCCUUAAGGGUGAGAUUUCUUAACCCCAUAUAAUUGUGGCUUUCAGCUUUAAAAUUGUCUGGGGUUUUACUUUUCUCUUCAAAAUGUUCAAUAGAUGUAGCAAUCAGCUUAGAACAAACCUUUGGCCCUUUAGCGAGGGAAGUGGCUUUUAUUAUUGCUUCUUUAGGUUUUCUGAUGGUACAUAAACAAAACCAAAAUUUCAGUUUAAGCCUAAAACUGCUACUUGACCCUAGGAAGGCACAUGUCACCCCUAUCGUGGUUUUUAGGGACACUUUUCUCUUUCCCAGAGAUGCAAGGUCCGAUUCAGGACAGAGGGGGAGCCCUGGAGAACACCCACACACUAGCUCAGGUUCCUUUCUUUCUUCUGUCAGCUGUUGUUGGUAGUGUUUUAAAGCAGUGUGAGCAUCAUGCUUCCAAAGUCAAGAGAUCUUUUCCUCCUAAAGACAGAGCCUGUUUACUUGCACUAUCUGAAUAUUCCGGCUGGUGGAAAUACACAAGCUUUGUUGUUUUCCUGGUCUUCCAAUAGCCUGUCAUUAUUGCUAGCUGCUGUGGCACCUGUUGUGUGGGGGUUUCCUCAGAGCCCUGGUCUAAAUGAUCUCAGACAGCGUGAGAAAUAUGCAAGCCAUUGGUAUGUGCACAAGCAGUUGCAAUGAAUCAUUCCUCAGGCUGACUUGGCAGUAGCCAUCUAUAUUUCUGUUCAUUCAUUAAAUAAACAUUUAUAAGUACCA